AUGUUAGAAGAAGACUUUGAAAUAACUGUUGAUAUGUCAAAUGAGCUAAUAAAUGAAAUUGUAUUUGCUGAAGUAACUAAAGCGCCAAUCAGAAAACACAAUACACCAAACUUAGAUAUAAAAAUUGAAAUAUUGAAGAGACUAGAUAACGGUGAGAAACAGUGUGCUUUGGCAAAGGAAUAUGAAUUGGGACGAUCCACAAUUUACGAUAUCAAAAGAAAGAGAGCGCAGAUUCAUAACUUCGCUACUCAAGUAAAACAUAAGGUGAAAACGCGGAAGAAUUUGACGAAUGGUCGCAACUCAUUGCUUGAGAAUGCUCUUUUUAAUUGGUAUCAACAGAAAAAAGAUGAUGGAGUCACUUUAAGGAACAAUGCUAUUCGUUCAAAAGCUCUUUAUUUCAAUAAAGCUUUUAAUAAUAAUAAAACAUUUCGCGCCAGUUCUACUUGGCUUGCGAAAUUUAAGGAUAGAUUUGGAAUUUCGGAAGAUUGA